CUGCCGGGCGCCGCCAUGCAGUCUCUGGAGGUAGGUCUGGUUCUCGCUCCGCCGAGGGAGCCGAGACUGACCCGCUGGCUGCGGAGAGGCAGUGGGAUCUUGGCGCAUCUGGUCGCCGUGGGCUUCACCAUCUUCCUGACUGUGCUGUCCCGGCCAGGAACCAGUCUUUUCUCCUGGCACCCUGUAUUCAUGGCCUUGGCGUUCUGCCUCUGCAUGGCUGAGGCCAUCCUGCUCUUCUCGCCCGAGCACUCCCUGUUCUUCUUCUGCUCCCGAAAGGCCCGGAUCCGACUCCACUGGGCAGGGCAGACCCUAGCCAUCCUCUGUGCAGCCCUGGGCUUGGGCUUCAUCAUCUCCAGCAGGACCCGCAGUGAGCUGCCCCACCUGGCGUCCUGGCACAGCUGGGUAGGGGCUCUGACGUUGCUGGCCACUAUCGGCCAGGCACUGUGUGGACUUUGCCUCCUGUGUCCCCGGGCAGCCAGGGUCUCGAGGGUGGCUCGUCUCAAGCUCUACCAUCUGACAUGUGGACUGGUGGUCUACCUGAUGGCUACAGUAACAGUGCUUCUGGGCAUGCACUCUGUGUGGUUCCAGGCUCAGAUCAAAGGUGCAGCCUGGUACCUGUGCCUGGUGCUGCCCCUCUAUCCAGCCCUGGUAAUAAUGCAUCAGAUCUCCAGCUCCUACUUGCCAAGGAAGAAAAUGGAAAUGUGAGUUCCUCCAAACUCUGAAUCGAAAUGGGACACUUGACUUGGACUUCACUGGCUCCUUUAGUGACCUUCAGGGAUCCACUUCAGAAGGGGUAGGGUUUUUGUAUGUCUUAGCUGGGGUGGAGGCUGCAGAAACCCAAGCUGCCAUUGCUGACAGAUGACUCAGUGGGCCAGAACGGGGAAGUGGAUGGGGCACAAGUGACAGGUGAUGGAGAGCUUGAUCCUGAAGCCUCCACUCUUGAUGGGAGGGCAGUGUUGGGUGGUGCUGGCAGUCAUUUCUUGCUUGCAUGCCUAAUGAAAAAUUGGAUUCUUGUAACUUAUGAGUGGCAGCAGCUCUUUGGGUCACUUUGAGAAAUCAGUGUAGUGGAGAGAGCCAAUGUACUUUUUUUAUGGGUAUGGUCCUUAUAGGCUCUGUUGUGCAACCUUAUGUGAGUCCAGUGUCUCAGGGACUCAGUUUCCUCAUCUGUGUAAUGGGUGAUUGUUUCUAAACAAUCUCUCCUAGCAUUCAGUGUCUGUCAAGUUGAUGUCACAGAGCAUCUUCCCAGCUCUGAACCAUGGCUGGACCACUCAUCAGACUCAGGGUGUAAUUCUUACAUUCAUUGUCUCCUUACCCCUCUAGAGGGACCAAUGUAGUCUCCUGGCUUUCCAAGAACCUGUGCUGAUUUGGCCCCUGCACCAGGGGACAAAGCAUCAGGGGCUGUGGAGAGAAGGGGCCCAGGUGAAAGUCUCCAGAAUACCAAGACAGUAAGGGCACUAAAGCCACCUUAACCUUUUGGAGGAGCAGAAAGGCAUUGGCUUAACCAGGCCUUGGCUCCUGGCUGGGUGUCUAAGCCCAGCUAAGAAC